CCCAAAUGAGGUUCAGAAUUGACUGUUGUUAUGGUAACGUGUUAUAAGCUAGGAGCUCAGUGACCAAGGACAUUUUGAAAAUGGCAAGCAAAGAGGAGGAAAUUCAGAGGGUUUUCAUUAAUAAUGUCGAUUCUUAUGCUGGCAAGGUCAUCAGUAAGAUAUUCUCAACAUCUUCAAUUGGUGCAACUAAUGAAGAAUUUGUAGAAGAUGAAGAGGAGGAAGACCAAAGUGACAAUGAGGAGGCACCACCCAAGGAAAAUUGCUACGAAGUUGUUGGUACUCUCUAUGAUAAAUCUCAGAAAAAUCCAGAAUGGGUGAAAGAGACUUAUGAUGAUUCAGACAAGGAUGAAUUAUUGCAUAACAUCAAACAGUGUGACAUUAUAGUUUAUGACAUCAUAUCACAUCCAAGUCAAGUGGAUGAGGCUUCUUGGGUUGUUUCUGCCCUUCAUGCUGAAUUAGAAACAUUUGCAAGCCCAAAAGUGUUCAUUUGUAUCAGUACAGCUAUGACUUGGGCUAAGAGCAAGCCAGUUGAUGAGGAUGAUCCCGAAGUUCCAUUUACAGAAGAGGACUACAGACGUCGAAAGCCACAUCCUAAUUUCAAGACGCACAUCAGUGCAGAAAAGCUGGUUAUAAAACUGGGUAAAACAAACAAGUCUAAGCUCCUAACGUACGUUGUUGCAUCAGGUCUAACUUACGGAGCUGGGGAAGACCUGUUUCACUAUUUGUUCAAGAGUGCGUGGCUAGGAAAAGACCCGGCAGUGCAGUGCUUUGGCAACGGGUCAAACGUUGUCCCUACAAUUCAUAUCAAGGAUCUAGCCAGUGUGCUUGUUAAUAUUGCUGAUCAAAAGCCCAGAGUAAGGUAUUUGCUUGCUGUUGACGAUGCGAAUUCAACCUUGGAGGAAAUUGUUCAGACAGUAAGCAAAUGUCUGGGAAACGGCAAAGUUAAGCAUAUACACGCGGAAGAUGCACUGCUGGAGAAAUCUAUAGAGCAAGCAGAUUUCGACAUGCUACUGGUUAACCUAAGAAUGGAUGCAACAUUUAUCAAAGAGGGGAUGAAUAUCAAAUGGGCAGCUGCCGGUGGACUUCCGGCGACAAUCGACAAGAUAAUAAAGGAGUACAAACAGACUCGAGGCUUAUUGCCAAUGCGUGCUUGUGUCUUGGGCCCACCUGCAAGUGGAAAGACAACUGUCGUCAAGCAACUUUGUGAGCAUUACAAAUUGCAUCACAUUAAGAUCCAGGAUGUUAUCAAUGAGGCAAUCGAUGAGUUGGAAAAAAGUGCUGCUAGAGCCGACCAGGAAGAUAACGAAGAGGACGAUUUGAAAGCACAAGAAGCACAAGAACUUCUUGAUGACCUAAUUCAAAGCAAAGAACGAAACAAUGGUCGUUAUGAAGACCAGUACAUACUGAAGUUUUUCAAGGAUAAGCUUCACUCGAUGCCUUGCCAAAACCAGGGCUUCAUUCUUGAUGGCUUUCCCAAGACUUAUGAACAAGCCAAAGAACUUUUUGCAGCGGAAAAAGACGACGAUGAAGAUGACAAUGAAAAUCAACCCAAAUUCGACGAAGCCACAAUGCCAGAGGUUGUUAUUAGUCUCGAUGCCCCAGAUGACUUUCUCAAGUCGAGGGUGAUGAAUCUCCCGGAAAGUGUGGUUGCUGGGACUCACAACACGGAAGAGGGUCUCUUAAGAAGACUGGCUGAAUUCAGAGCUGUCAAUACUGAAGAUGAAACUGUUCUGAAUUACUAUGAUGAGCUGGAGAUCCAUCCGGAACAUAUUGACAUAACUGUUGACACCGAUGAAAACAUGAAAGAAACUGUCGAAAAGAUCAUCAAAAUCAUGGGAAGCCCUCGGAAUUAUGGCCCUACACCAGAGGAGCUCGCUGAAAUGGAAAGGAUGGAAACAGAAAAACGACUUGAAAAGGAGAAAAAAGACCGCAAAGAAAAGGAGGAGCAAGAACUUCUAGAGGCUCAGGAAAGAGCAAAGAGAUUGGAAGAAUGGAGGGCCAAGCUUAGCGAAGUGAAGAAACAGGAGGAAGAACUACUCGAAAUUCAGUCGAUUCCUCUAAGGAAUUACCUCAUGAAGCAUGUGAUGCCGACUCUAACAAUGGGCCUAAUAGAGUGCAGCAAACAGAGGCCUGAUGAUCCCGUUGACUUCUUGGCCGAAUUCCUCUUCGAGAAUAACCCUCAAAUUGAUUGAUUGAGAAUUAUCCUGACAUUUCGAGCAUUAUUUAGUUUAUGUACAUGACCCUAUUCCUUGUUUUGACUUUGUAUAUAACGAAUUUCCGAGAAAAA